GGCUCCUCCCACUUCCGACCUUGUCCUGCAGGGCCGGGGGCCGGGCGGCUCCGCAAUGAUCCGAGUCUCCUGCCGCCGCCGGCCAGGAAGGACUAACAUGGAGGCUUUUACCUUGAACUAGGGGUUUCUCAGCCUCAAACUGCAAUCUACCUCACCCCAGAGUCGGAUGAAGAUGAGAGUCUGGAAGGCUGUGGCUUGCACUCUGGCGUUCACCGGCGUGGACGUGCUGGUGACCACGCUGCUGUACGUGCACAACCGUAGCGGCAAGGACAUUGUCCAGGAUCUGAAGCACUUCAAUGUCUUUAAUUCCAUGUUGGAUGUGUGGGGGGCAUGUCUGUACAGGAGCUGCUUGCUUCUCGGCGCUGCCAUUGGGGUUGCCAAGAACUCAACCUCUGGCCCCAAGCGCCUGAAAGCAUCCCAGACCUUCAUCACCGUGGUCUGCCUGCUAGUGGGCAUUUACGCCCUGGUCAAACUGCUGCUCUACUCGGAGGUCAGGAAGACCAUUAGGGACCCCUGGUUUUGGAGUUUGUUUGCAUGGACGUACAUGUCGCUGGCUGCAACUUUCUGCCUGUGGCAGCUGCUGUCUUCCGUCACAUCCUCCAGAGAAGCCUUGGGGGUCAGUUCGGAGUCCAGGGCGGAAGCAGAGGAGAUAUGUGACCCCAGCCCUGUUACUGUGCAGGAAAAGAGGGAAGAGGCGUCACGAGCCACUAUCCAUAAGCUGCUGUCUUACACCAAACCAGAUGCUAUCUUCCUCGGAAUAGCCACUUUCUUCCUCCUGGUUGCUGCUUUGGGAGAAACAUUCCUUCCUUAUUACACUGGCUUGGCGAUUGAUGGAAUAGUCAUCCAAAAAAGCAUGGAUCAGUUUUCCACCGCAGUGGUGAUUAUGUCGCUUCUUGCUAUAGGAAGCUCAUUUGCCGCAGGUAUCCGGGGUGGCGUUUUUACGCUCAUAUUUGCCAGGCUGAAUAUUCGACUCCGCAACUGCCUCUUCAAGUCACUGGUCGCUCAGGAGACAAGUUUCUUUGAUGAGAAUCGCACAGGGGACAUCAUCUCCAGGCUGACCUCGGACACAACGAUCGUGAGCGACCUAGUUUCCCAGAACAUUAACAUCUUCCUGCGCAACAUGGUGAAGGCGACGGGUGUGAUCGUCUUCAUGUUCAGCCUGUCCUGGCAGCUCUCUCUGGUGACCUUCAUGGGCUUCCCCAUCAUCAUGCUGGUGUCUGACCUCUAUGGGAAAUAUUACAAGAAGCUCUCCAAGGAGGUUCAGAAUGCUUUGGCGAAGGCCAACAACACAGCAGAAGAAACCAUUUCGGCCAUGAAGACUGUGCGCAGCUUUGCAAGUGAGGACAUGGAAGCAAAUGUCUAUUGGGAGAAACUGCAGCAAGUGUACAAACUGAACAAAAAGGAAGCCCUGGCCUAUACGUACUAUGUGUGGUCCAGUGGGCUGACUCUUCUUGUGGUGCAAGUCAGUAUCCUUUACUAUGGUGGCCAUCUGGUGAUCUCUGGGCAAAUGACCAGCGGAAACCUGAUAUCUUUUAUUAUUUAUGAAUUUGUCUUGGGAGAUUGCAUGGAGUCUGUUGGUUCCGUCUACAGCGGAUUAAUGCAGGGAGUAGGAGCUGCUGAGAAAGUGUUUGAGUUUAUAGAUCGCAAGCCGAUGAUGGUGAACGAUGGAACCCUGGCCCCAGACCAUGUGGAGGGUAAAGUGGAGUUCAGAAAUGUUACUUUUUCCUAUGCUACCCGGUCUGCAACACAAGUCCUACAGAAUGUGUCCUUCACCCUCUAUCCUGGCAAAGUGACUGCGCUUGUGGGUCCUUCGGGCAGUGGGAAGAGCUCCUGCGUCAAUAUUCUGGAGAACUUCUACCCUCUUCAAGAUGGGCAGGUCCUGCUGGACGGGCAGCCUAUUAACAUGUAUGAUCACAAGUACCUGCACUCAGUGAUCUCUUUGGUGAGCCAAGAGCCAGUGUUGUUUGCUCGAUCUAUUGCAGAAAAUAUUUCGUAUGGGUUAACUUCAGUCUCGUUUGAGUCGGUUGUCCAAGCUGCUCAGAAGGCCAAUGCACAUGCAUUUAUCACAGAGUUGCAAGAUGGCUACAAUACAGAAGCUGGUGAAAAAGGAGCCCAGCUGUCUGGUGGCCAGAAGCAGAGAGUGGCUAUUGCAAGGGCUUUGAUCCGAGCCCCCCCAAUCCUAAUCCUAGAUGAAGCCACCAGUGCCCUGGAUGCAGAGAGUGAACACACGAUUCAGCAAGCAAUUUAUGGUGACUUGCAGAACCACACUGUGCUUGUUAUAGCCCACAGGCUGAGCACUGUUGAGAAGGCACACAACAUCAUUGUUUUAGACAAGGGCCGAGUGGUGCAGCAGGGAGUGCACAAGGAGCUCAUGGAAGAAGGCGGCCUUUAUUCCAAGUUGGUGCAGAGACAGAUCCUCGGGCUCGAAACUGGCACAGGGGCCGGCUAUCAUCUGGAGACUAGCUUAGCUGCUGCCAGUGGAGAUUCGAUGAAGCCGCCGGGAGGACUGGAUGAAGAGUUCAGGGUGUGACAUGCUCUCUCUGGAUUGAGACAGGAUGGUUACAAUCCUGUAGCUCACAAGUGAGAGAGCACCAGGGAGUCCAUGCAAGAUCCUUGCUGGGAUGCUGAAACAGGAGUCCACUGUAGUCCAGACUCGGACACAUUACUGUAGAACAAGGCCUGUUUACUAGUCACGCAUACUAAGCUUCCAGUAGGCAGACUGGUAAAACAGGGAUACAAUGGGCCCAGUUUAUUAAGGGGAGUUGGAUCUUUAGCAAUUCCCAGUAUUUCUACUGGGUUUCUUUUCUUAGAAUCAUCAAUUCCCAAGGCAGUUGAUGGGGUCUGUUCUCCCACUGAUAUGCCUGUUUAACUGCUGUUAAUUGUAACGGGUGUUAUACACAUGCAUGGAGGGGAAGAAUGAAACCCCUUAAGGAACUUCAGAAGGUAGUUUUGUGAAUUGGUAGGAAGACAUUGAACAUAAAGUAAGAUCUUGAUCCUGCAGUCAGUCUGGUGCCAAUCCCACACUCAGUGAAGUCAAUGGAAAGACUCCCGUUGGUUUCAAUGGAAGCUGGAUCAGCCCCGAAGUGCAGAACUCUGAGACCUGGUCUACACUAGGGGACAGGGUUGAUGUAAGAUACGCAACUUCAGCUACAGGAAUAGCGUAGCUGAAGUCGAAGUAUCUUAUUUCGACUUAUCUCCUGUCCUCAUGGAGCGGGAUCGACAGCAGCGGCUCCCCCUGUCGACUCCGCUACCGCCGCUCGCCCUGGUGGAGUUCUGGAGUCGAAGGGAGUGUGUUCGGGGAUCAAUAUAUCAUGUCUAGAUGAGACACGAUAUAUCGAUCCCCGAUAAACCGAUCGCUACCUGCCAAUCUGGCGGGUAGUGUAGACAUACCCUGAGUCAGAUCUAUGAGAGUUCUGCCCAGAGUGUCUGCAGGUUCAGGUUCUGGUGCAAAACAUUACCAUGCAGAGCUUUUAUUAGCUCCAUUGCAGUGAGCCAGGGGCCAACCGGCAGAUCCUGCCUUCUGAAUCGCUGAUGGAGUUUGAGUGUUUUGUUUUUAAAGGAGGUUAAGUUUUACCACAGCUUGGUUAAUUUUUUUUAAAUGGCUCUAUCUCUAUGGGCACCAGCAUGGUGUCUGUCUGGCUCCAUCAUCCAUUGAAAGCCAGUCAGAAUUAUUUCAAAAUUUGUUUGUUUUUAAAUUCACAAUUUCAGAGCUGGGUUGAGAAAUAUUACCUAAAACCAGGCAUAAAAUAUAAAUGAUGGCACUUUAUAAACCCUACCCGGGACCCAUUCAGCUGUGGGCUGUGCUAGCAGCUUCAGUGCAUGAGAGAUCCAUACAGCCGCGUUCCUUGAAAUCUAACUGCAACUGCCGGAAUUCCACAUUUAGGUCUUUGAUUAUUUUAUUUAUUUAUGUAUUUAUUUAUGAGUAGGAGGGUGGAAAGAAAGAUACCAUUUCUAACUGCAUACAACACUGGUGGAUCUGGCCCAAUCUUCCUACCACACCAUAAAGAUUGGCAGGAAUGUUUAUGCAGCCAGCAAGGUGCUACUUUAAAAAUAGCAUUAAUUGUAUCUUAUACAGGGAAGAUUGAUUCAGGUUGCGCAAUUAUUUAAUGACCUCAAGCACUUUAGCGCUCGUGUUAAUUACUUUCCGGGGUUUGGAUGCUGCUCUGUAAUACUUUGUGGCAGCUUUCUUGUUUGCAAUGUUGUUAUUUUUUAUUUUGAAAGUGAUGUUUUACAAACUGUUUUAGUGUCCUCAAAGGGGAUACUUUAAAAAUAAAAUACUACCUCUGCCGUUCAACU